ACUGAACGGCCUUUUAGUGCGGAAUUUUGGGAUGUUAGGAUGAACGUUGGUGCAGAUUUCCUUCCCGCUGAGUCUGUGGAUUUCUCUUAUAUUGGUAGAUACCGAUUUAUUUAAAUUAUGAAACUUUUAAACACAGAAUACGAGAGUAAUUAUAUCAAUAAUUCAGACAAAUCACCAAUGAUACCUUUUAUGAAUUAUCAGCGUUUAUUUGUUGGUCUACUACCUUCGUCGUAUUUAAGAUCUAGCUAUCAUCGAAUGCUAAGAAGAGUUAUCUAUUUGUGCAUCGGUAUCACACUUCUAUUGUUUUUAUGGUUAGCAUUUUACAUAUCUGAUUCGACAUGGUUUAGUAGGCUACUUCAAUGUAAUCAUGACAAUAAAUUUACAGGUCGUGUAUCUAUAUCCCCGGACCCUUGGAGUAAAACACGUUUUACACAUAUAAGUGAUAACGGUAAUAUUAAUUAUCAUCAUAGUAAUAAUAAAAUUAAACAACAAAUAGCAGGAGUAGCAACGACAAAAACCAACUAUGUAUAUGGUGUUGUGUUCGACGCUGGAAGCACUGGAAGCCGUGUUCACAUAUUCAAACUACAUCAUAAUCCCUUAGAUCCUUUCAAACCGUUUAAACUAUUGGAUGAUAAAUAUCAUCAUGUUCAACCUGGUUUAUCUUCAUAUGCGGAAAAACCAGAGGAGGCUGCAUUAAGUUUAACGAAAUUAAUUAAUAUUGCUGAAACUAGUCUUCCUGUUGAUGUGUGUCGUAAUACUCCAGUUAUUUUAAGAGCUACUGCUGGUCUUCGUCUAAUUUCUGCGCAUAAAGCAGAGAAUAUUUUAAAAGCUGUACGUCAUAGAUUAUCUCAAACUUGUUUUAAACAAUUACCUAACGCUGUAACUAUUAUGGAUGGAUUUUAUGAAGGUCUAUAUUUAUGGUUGACAUUAAACUUUCUCAAUAAUCGUUUAUCAAAUGGAAAAGCACAAAAGAAUCAUGCAGUGAUUGAAAAUUCACUUACACAAACAAUUGGCACAUUAGAUCUAGGUGGAGGUUCUACACAAAUCACAUUUAUCCCCACUGAGUUAAAUACCCUCAACAAUGCACCUGAUAAUUUUAUUACAUAUUUUGACGUACAAAAUAGUAAUGAUAAACCGAAACAAAAGAUCUAUUCACAUAGUUACUUAGGCCUAGGACUAAUGUCUGCACGUUAUUCAAUGUUAUAUAAUGCAACUGAACAUUUCAAGUUAAUUACUGAAGGAAAGAAAGAGUUUUUUCAUCCUUGCUGGCCUAAUAAUGUAACUCUUAAAUGGAAUCAUGCCGGUAAAGAUUGGCAAAUCAGUCGUAUGAAUCAUUCAAUGUCUAAAUCUUUAUUAUCAUUUAUUAAAACAAAAUCAAUUUAUCAUCAUCAAGCAGCAAUUGAACCGGUCAACAUUAAUGCUAAUAAUAUUGAUAAUGAUCAUCUAAUGUUGUGCUAUGCUUUAGCAGUGAAUGUAUUACAAAAUCCUGUUGAAGGUGAUAUAAAUGUUAUCAGAUAUCCACCAAACAAUAAUAUUGUUCAUCAACCAGUGGAAGUGAAAACACGUGAAUUUUAUGCAUUUUCAUAUUAUUUCGAUUUAGCUGUUAGUGUUGGUUUAAUACAUGAAAAUACUGGUGGAUUUCUUACAGUGAAUGAUUUUCAAAAUGCUGCUGAACGAGUUUGUCGUAACCCAAAUCCUCAGAAACCAUUCGAUUGUAUGGAUCUUAGUUUUAUCACUGCAUUAUUGCAUAGUGGUUAUGGGUUCCCGUCAGAUAAAAAAAUUGGAUUUUUUAAAAAAGUCAAUUCUUUUGAAAUCAAUUGGAGUCUUGGUGCCUUAUUUUCAGAAAUGUAUCAUAAAUAAAACUGCCUGAAAAUAAAGGAUAAUACGUUCAUUACAACAUUAUUGUUCUUUACUUUGUAUGAUACAUGCGUUAGUUAUAUCAAUCAGAUUUCUUUUCUUUUAUAUAUAUUUGAAAAAAAAGUUUUAUGAACUCCAUAUUCAUUUUUUAAAAAAUCUAUUUUUAUCAACUUUCUUAAUACCUACCUACUUACCUACCCACCUACCUGCCUACUACUACUACUACUACUAUUAGUGACAAUAGGGUCUAUAUUGUUCUUUUUAACUGAUUUGUUGUUGUAUGACAACUAUUUAAUGCAAUGAUUGCAUAUAUGUUAAAUUUUAAUCCUGUUUUCGUUCUCUUUUUUUUGGGGUAAUUCAUUUACUUUACAUUUACGUACGUAACAUUCAAUGAAUCUAAUAAGUAUUUGUUAUAAUAAGUCCAACUGAAAAAAUUUUUUUCAUCCUUUAAAGUUGCUCAGAUCAAUUGUUAACACCGUUUAUUUUCAGCUCUUAAAUUGUUCUUUUUUUCUCUCUCUCUCUCUCUUCUGUUUCUGAGUGUAGAUAAAGUCUUUUCAUUAUCAUUUUAAAAAAGAGAUUAUUUGGCUGAUAUUCUCAGCAUAGUCAACUUUUCAAAUCCAGUUCGAUCUGAUUCUUUCAAUAUAAUCUUAGAACGUUAUCUUAAUACUUUUUCGUCACAAAUUAUUCAUUUGUCAAGCUUUUUAAGUUAUGUAACUUCAACAGAUAAUGUUUGUUUGUUUGUUUUUGAAUUACACUGCUUGAUGGGUUGAACACUUCAAUGAAUUAGGUAAAUGAUGGACAAUACAGACUAAUAUCUCAA